AUGCAUUUGUGGAAGUUGGCACUGGCUGUUCUCCCAGUGACGGUUCAGUCUGUGCUGGGUCAGCAUGUAGUUGAUCUCACUGGAGAUGGCUGGACUGUAAGCAGCAAGGCGUUGAAUAUUUCAGUUCCGGGUAAUUUGCCUUCGCAGGUACAUCUGGAUCUUUAUGCGGCUAACGUUAUUGAUGAUCCGUACUACGGUCUAAAUGAUUUCGACCUGCGGUGGAUCCCGGACAACAACUGGACUUAUACAAGUCAUCCAUUGGGUGAAUUAUCUACCAACUCCAAGGCCUCGUGGCUUGUUUUCAAUGGCCUGGAUACCUUUACCACAAUUGAGCUAUGCGGGCAAUUCGUCGGUACAACUGAAAAUCAAUUCCGUCAAUACACGUUCGACGUAACCAAAAUUGUCAACAACUGCAAGAAUCAUCCCACAUUGUCGCUUAACUUUGGUAGCGCGCCUCAAAUCGCUAAUAAGAUUGCCGAGGAUCCGUCUUCUCAAAAGUGGCCGUAUGGUCCCCAACAAAUUUACGAAUUCCCAAAUCGUUGGUACAUUCGCAAGGAGCAAUCCGACUUCGGAUGGGAUUGGGGCCCAGCUUUUGCUCCUGCUGGUCCAUGGCGAGACGCCUAUCUGGUACAAUUUGACAAGGAGGAGAGUAUCUCUGUCCUGAACACCGAUCUCGAUAUUUUCCGUCAGGGCCAGAUUAAUCACCUUGCCCCAGAUCAGAGCAAACCAUGGGUUGUGAAUGCCAGUAUUGACUUCCUUGGUUCACUUCCAAGUCACACUUCAAUGCACAUUGAGAUCAAAGAUGUCGAAUCAGGAAAGGUUAUCAAGUCUGGAGCCCUCGAGAAUGUUCAGAUUACUGGUCAAAGCAUCACCGGAAGCAUCUCCGUCGGUGCUGAUGCGCCCAAUCUGUGGUGGCCAACCGGCAUGGGGAAGCAAAAUCUCUACUAUACUACCAUCACUGUCAAUGCCGCAGGGGAAACUCUCGCUACUGUCACUAAGCGUACUGGAUUUCGCACAAUCUUCCUCAACCGUCUGAACAUCACAGAUGAGCAAUUGGCCCAAGGCAUCGCACCGGGCGCGAACUGGCACUUUGAAAUCAACGGUCAGGAGUUCUAUGCCAAGGGCUCAAACUUUAUUCCGCCAGACGCGUUCUGGCCCAGAGUGACUGAAGAAAAAAUGCAACGACUCUUCGAUGCCGUUGUGGCUGGAAACCAGAACAUGCUUCGCGUGUGGGCAUCCGGUGCCUACUCGCCAGAUUUCAUCUACGACAUUGCCGACGAGCGCGGCGUUCUUUUAUGGAGCGAGUUUCAAUUCAGUGACGCUCUUUACCCGGUCAAUGAAGACUUCCUCGAAGAUGUCGCAGCUGAGGUCUCCUACAACGUAAGACGAGUGAAUCACCACCCUUCCCUCGCGUUAUGGGCCGGUGGCAACGAAAUCGAAAGUCUCGAGCUACCUCUGGUGCAAGACGCAGAUCCAGACCAAUAUUCCUACUGGGUCGGACAGUACGAGCAGCUUUUCAUCAGCCUAAUCCUCCCACUCGUCUACGAGAACUCGCGGUCCAUCUCCUACAUGCCCAGUAGCACAAACAACGGCUUCUUAUACGUCAAUCUCUCAGCACCGGUUCCAAUGGCUGAGCGCUACGACAACACGACCGCUGGAGCCUACUAUUCCGAUACAGACCACUACAACUACGACAGCAGCGUCGCGUUUGAUCUCGGCAGCUACCCCGUUGGUCGUUUCGCCAAUGAAUUCGGCUUCCACAGCAUGCCAAGUCUACAAACCUGGCGCCAGGCUGUCGACGAAAAAGACCUCCACUUCAACAGCAGCACGGUCCAGCUUCGAAACCAUCACUACCCACCCGGUGGCACCGAGACACAUAACUACAAGAACUCCUCGAUGGGAAUGGGCGAGAUGACUAUGGCAGUAGAACGCUACUACCCCAUCCCACGAAAACAGGAUUCUGUCGCCAAUUUCAGCGCCUGGUGCCACGCCACCCAGAUAUUCCAAGCGGAUAUGUACAAGAGCGAAAUCCAAUUCUACCGUCGCGGCAGCGGAAUGCCCGAGCGCCAGCUUGGAUCACUGUACUGGCAGCUCGAAGAUAUCUGGCAAGCUCCCACCUGGGCUGGCAUCGAAUAUGAUGGUCGCUGGAAAGUUCUUCACUACGCUGCUCGGGAUAUCUACAAGCCUAUAAUCGUUGCGCCAUACUGGACCUACACCACAGGAGAUCUUUCCAUAUACGUUACCUCUGAUCUAUGGGAAACGGCGCGUGGAACAGUGAACCUAACCUGGGUCGAUUUCUCUGGGAAGCCCAUUCCGGGCAAUGCUAACACUCCCACAUCUACACGGUUUACCGUUGGUGGACUUAAUACAACGAAGAUUUUCGAUACGACGAUUGAGGAUCUGGAUCUUGCAGAUAAGACGAAUGCUGUUCUUGUGAUGUCGGUUAGUGCUCAGGGUCAGCUCCCAAAUGCACAAAAUCAGACCGUGUCUACCUUUAUGCAUCGCAACCAAUUCACACCUGUUUUCCCCAACGAGCUUGCGCUUGUUGAUCCUAAGAUUGAGGUAUCUCAUGAUGCGGAAACAGGCCUGUUUACGGUUGAGGCUAAGAGUGGUGUUUCCCUUUAUACUUGGUUGGAUUAUCCGGCUGGGGUUGUUGGGUACUUUGAUGACAAUUCUUUCACUUUAAUUCCUGGGGAGAAGAGGCAGAUCGGUUUCACUGUUCAGAAGGACGAAACAGAUGGGAAGUGGGUUGAUGGUGUGACAGUUGAGAGUCUUUGGGAUCAGUCGACAAACUAA